GCGAGUCCUCCGCGCCAAACUUCAACUCCCAGGAGGCACCGGCGCCUGCGUGACGUCACGGCGGCGGAGGGCGCAGGCGGCUCGGCUCGCCGGGCCCGUCGACCGUACGAGCCGUUCCUCUCGGACCCGUGCCCCGGCCCUGGCCCCGCGAUGGGAGCUGCAUCCCGGGGGCUGAGUCUGUCAGCCUCCUCCACCGGCCCUCGCCCCUGAAGCCAGAGAAGCCCUUGCCUACGCCCCCACUCCACCCCCACUCCCACUUUGUCCUGUUUUGGGGUGGCCUCAGUCUGUCCAGCCCUCAGCCCUAGCUGAGUCCGACAAAGGAGCAUCAGGAGAAUGAUACUGGCGUCGGUACUGGGGAGUGGCCCCCGGGGUGGGCCAUCUCUCCGGCCCCUCCUGGGACCUGCAGUCUCGCUCCGGGGCCUCUCCACCUCAGCCACUGACACACACCACGUGGAGAUGGCACGGGAGCGCUCCAAGACCGUCACCUCCUUUUACAACCAGUCUGCUAUCGACGUGGCAGCAGAGAAGCCCUCAGUCCGCCUCACUCCGACUAUGAUGCUCUACUCUGGCCGCUCUCAGGACGGCAGCCACCUUCUGAAAAGCGCUCGGUACCUGCAGCAAGAGCUGCCAGUGAGGAUUGCUCACCGUAUCAAGGGCUUCCGAAGCCUGCCUUUCAUCAUUGGCUGCAAUCCCACCAUCCUGCAUGUGCAUGAGCUGUACAUCCGUGCCUUCCAGAAGCUGACUGACUUCCCUCCGAUCAAGGACCAGGCAGACGACGCCCAGUACUGCCAGCUGGUGCGACAGCUGCUGGACGACCACAAGGAUGUGGUGACACUCCUAGCUGAGGGCCUGCGGGAGAGCAGGAAGCACAUAGAGGAUGAGAAGCUCGUCCGCUAUUUCUUGGACAAGACGCUGACUUCACGGCUCGGGAUCCGGAUGUUGGCUACACACCAUCUGGCACUCCAUGAGGACAAGCCUGACUUUGUCGGUAUCAUCUGCACUCGCCUCUCGCCAAAGAAGAUUAUUGAAAAGUGGGUGGACUUUGCCAGACGCCUGUGUGAGCACAAGUACGGCAAUGCCCCCCGCGUCCGCAUCAACGGGCACGUGGCUGCCCGUUUCCCCUUCAUCCCUAUGCCACUGGACUACAUCCUGCCCGAGCUGCUCAAGAAUGCCAUGAGAGCCACAAUGGAGAGUCACCUGGACACACCCUACAAUGUCCCUGAUGUGGUCAUCACCAUCGCCAACAAUGAUAUCGAUCUCAUCAUCAGGAUCUCGGACCGCGGUGGGGGAAUUGCUCACAAAGACCUGGAUCGAGUCAUGGACUACCACUUCACAACGGCUGAGGCCAGCACCCAGGACCCCCGGAUCAGUCCCCUCUUUGGCCACCUGGACCUGCAUAGCAGUGGCCAGUCAGGACCUAUGCACGGCUUUGGCUUCGGGCUGCCCACGUCACGGGCCUACGCGGAGUACCUCGGUGGCUCCCUGCAUCUGCAGUCCCUGCAGGGCAUUGGCACGGACGUCUACCUGCGGCUACGCCACAUCGAUGGCCGGGAGGAGAGCUUCCGCAUCUGACCCCAGAGCCCUUGGCCUGCUCACCUGCCCAGCCUGGGCCACACUCCCUGCCAGACCUUCCAGGCCAGGCAGGGCUCCCCCUGCUCCACACGCUGCUGCAUCUUGGGUCCUAGGUCUCCAGUCAGGUGGAUUUACAUGGAGCUGGGCACCCUUCCCGCAACUCCCACACAAGGUCCAUUGCUAUCCUGCCUCCAGGCCUUGGAGGGGGGAAGUAGAGACUUCUGAGGCUUCCAGCAGCAGCUCCAUCACUCUCCUUCCUGGGGGACUCCCACUUUGACCUGCUGUUUAUUAAAGUUCACAUUUUGAAUGCCC